CCUUCCAGCUGACACUUCCGUGUUCCGACCCAUUCGUUCCCAUAUUUCGAACGAAGCUUGCAUCUAGAUUUUUUUGUUACAUUUUUUUCCGGUCUCUUUUAUUAAAGCCAGUGAACCGAACUCGAUAAAAAUGCAGGUGGUGGAGCUGCGCAUGGACCGCAGCCUGCUCUGCCCAAACUUUGAUGGCUACAAGCUUUCCUUUGACCCGGUGCCGGUUUUGCGGCAGAACUUUGAUUCCAACCCGUUCCGCCUGGAGCCGCACGUCAAUCAGUACUCGAUGCUGCACUUGGAACUCUUCGCCAAGCACAACCUGCUGUGGUGCGACCCCUGGAUGCGGUAUGCCUCCUACUUCAUGAACGAGAAGCACCAACUGGUGCAGUGCGUCUACGAUCCACAAAGUGGACGGACGCGAGGACAGCGUGUCGUGUUCACCCUGGACAGGAUGGACCACGGCGACGGUUAUGCCCACGUGCCUGGCGACUACAACUACUCGGGCAUCUUUGUGUCGGAGCGUUACCUGGUCAUUUGCGACGGCAUCAACACAUUCCAUUUGAUAGAUACAGGCGAUCGGUCCAGGACCGGCAACGAUAUGUGGCAGCGGAUCAGCCGCACCCCUGUGGACAAUGGACUGGAUCACCGUGGUCAGGUCCUCUACGACGCUCGCCUGGACAUGGUGCAGGAGCGUAAACAGAUCUCUCUAGUCGCUGCACAUGUUGGACAUCGCCAUACGGAUGCGACACAGACACGCCGCAACACCGUCCACUACAAUGAUCUGACUUGGGGGCGCUGGACGCUAUCCCCGAGAUCCGAUGAAUGGUCCUACACAGUCUGUCAGAAGCUGGAGACUAUCGGAUCGGUGCUAUACUGUGCAUUUGAGCCGCGUGCCGAGUCCCUGAUCAUUGCCAGCACCCGUGAUGUCCAGACGCCGGCCCAAAGAGAAGCUGCAGAAGCUGCGGCCGUCCCUCCAGAACCCGUCAUCCCCUUCCAGAACGGUGCCGAUCCAGCUGCGGUCAAUUUUUCGUGGGCCCAAGCUGACGAUGAGCUGUCGAUCAGAUUUCCGUUGGAUGGGGAAGUGCGUCGUCCUGAUUUUCAAAUUCGCUGCACGGCCAGCACGGUGCACGUGGAGCACUUGGGCCGGGUGCUGAUUGCUGGUACCCUGUUCGGACGUGUGGACAACGAGCUCACCACCUGGAGCUUUGGCCCCAACAAGCUGACAUUGAUUAAGCAGGAGCCACUGCGCUGGCCGCGUUUGUUCAUCGAGGAGGGCACCGGUCCGGACGAAAGCGAUAUGGACGCCGACGCCGAGGAAGCUGACCCCUUGCCUGAUCCACAGUUGCCAAUACCCAACCUGGAGGAUCCAGUGGAGGAGUGCGAUGUUCCCUUCGAAGACGAGGAGAUCAAGAUGGUUCGUUUCAACCUGCCGGCUGGCUGCAUCACUCACACCAUAUUCAUGGGCUCGACGCCCCUGCUGUUCAACACCACGCUGCGUGCCGGCUUUCCGCCUGCCUUUUCCACUCGCCAGGGCGUGGACGCCGCCCUCUGGCUGCAGAUGUACCAGCCCACUCGCCCAGACGAAUGGAACGUGCGCCACGAGGGACAGCUGCAUGCCUUCGGCUACGUUCAGGCCUCCAAGGCGGAGCGAAAGUACACCGUCUGCUGCCCGAACAUGGAAUUCGUGGCCAUCUGCGAGAGCUAUCGCCACGUCCUCGUCUAUCGUGCCCGUCACGACAACGCCGAGGGACUGCGCAGGCGCAACGGUCCGCCCGUGGUGGUCGGCAAGCAGAGCCUGGUCACCCUGGACGAGACCGUCGGCGACAUCAUCGGCGUUUCCACGGCCCCCAACCUGAUCACUAUUCUGACUGAGUAUGCCCUGCUGCAUCUGCAGGUGUAACGUUGCUACUAUACCUUUACCGUUACCAUAUAAAUUAGUCGUUGACAAUAAACGCAUUUCCUUGGUCCUAGUCCUGUGCCCGCUGGCACCUGACCCCUGACCCCAUACAUACAUAUACAUACAUAUAUUUCAGGAAAGAAACCAUUUAAAAUCUGUGGUUCGUUUGUUAUAAACAAAGUCUAGGUUAACAGCAGUAACAUAUCCUAGUUUUAGUUAAAUAUACUAUUACCAUUGGCGGAAAUGGUAUCUUAA